GUCUGUAGGUCCCUGACACAGGCUGAAAUGCUAGAUUUUUGCUCAGUUGAGUAAUAACCGUGGGGAGCUUUGUAGAGCUGGCUCCUCUCUGCAACCAUGCUACUUCGAACUCCAAUAUCAUGGGGACUUCUUAUGGCCUUACUGCUCCCUCUAAUCCAGGGCCACAAUGGUAAGACGAAAGCUGCUGUACUUGGUAUACUAUAGUAUCUAUCGGGGGCUGAGGUUUAACCCUUUUAGCACUGGUCAUUUGGCUGUACAAUUUGCUGGUGUGUAGGAUGGCAACAUUGUAUGAAGAUCUUGGCUACCUUGUGUCUUACCGUUUGUAUUGUUCUUCAAAUAACAGGCUGGUUGAGGAAGCACCCACCCCCCCAGUGUAUGUGAAUAAGGGCAAUGAAUGGUCAAUGAAUAUGUAUCGUGUAUAGUUGUAUGCAGACUCUGAUUACUGUGGAAGAUGUGGACAGGGAAGUUCUCCAUCCAUGGUUAAACUAUGGCCCCCGUGUUCCCUCAGCUAGCCUAUCUUCAAUUAAAUGUAUGCUGUGAUCUCAGCUCUGCUAAGACUGUGCGUGGAAGUAGAGGAAAAAAUUAGGAAGUGAAUUUUGGAGGCCUAUUGUAUAUGUUAAAAAAAAAUAUAUUGUUUAAGAAUUGUCCAAAUCCACUACUGGAUAUUUUUAUAAUAAAUUUUGUAUGGAAUUCAAAGCUAUAAACAGAUGGGUUUAUUCUCAGAUCUGUGAAUUUCAUUGGCUUCAGAAUUGCACAAUCUAGUCCAAUAUAAACUAACUUUAGAAAGUUUCCUACCCUGCACAUUUUGGUCCAUAAUUGGUACCUGCAGUUUCUUUUGCCAUUUAGCCAUUAGACCUCCAAUUUGUUUUUGAGUCGUACUUUUCCCUUAAUCUGAUCUGGGCAUUUCUUUAAACAAACAUUGACAAGGGACAAAGUGUAUUUAGAGACUGGGAACAUCCCCUCACCCUACCGCAACCUCAAAAACCCUUUUCACAAUAUCUUACUCAAUCUGGCUACAUACGUGGUACAAGUGUUCGCAAUAUAUUUUUGGACCGAUGUCUCCUAGCCCUGGAAUCAUUGAAUAUUCAUGAGAUAUUUAUUAUUUUAUUUAUAUAGCUCCAUCAGAUUCCGUAGUGCUGUACUAUGGGGUUAAAUUGGGCCAUUGGAUCUAAAAGAUGUAACGAUGUAUCUGGUUUUGGAACGCACAAUGAGUUAUUAAAGAGGAUUCAAAGAAAAUUUCAAGAUUCCGCAUAAGACCAAGCAGUUCGAUCCAAGGUGGAAGAACAGCUCCAAAGGACUCCAGGCACUAUAACCACUUCAGUGAGAUGAAGCAGUUACAGUGCCAUUCAAGUCAUAGACCUUUGGGUUUCGCACGCACUUUUACAAAUAUUGCAUGUUUUCUGGUACUAUGUUCUGCUCUUUCCGUCUUUAUUUUUUAUAUUGUCUACUUUCUUUUUUAUAUAUCUGGGUUAAACCAAUUAUUCACAGGUUUAUUUAUGAAUCUGUGAACGCUUGGAAAUUUUAAAUUAAAUUAGAAUUUCACGUUUUUGAUCAAAAUAUCUGAACUGAAGACACAGUGGACACUGGGAAUUUUCCUAUUAACCCCUUAAGGACACAUGACAUGUGUGACAUGUCAUGAUUCCCUUUUAUUCCAGAAGUUUGGUCCUUAAGGGCUUAAGGGAAAACCAUGUUUUGAGUUUAGAGGUUUUAUACUAUUUGAAAUACCCUUUUAAUUCACACUUUAUAAAGUUAUUCAGUAAAGAGUAAAUUAAUUCAAUUUCAAAUUACAGGCGAAAAAUAUUCAAAUUGUUAACAUUCUGAAAAUGAACAUUUUCAGUUUGGGCCUGUCGGUCUAAACUUUGGAAUUCACUUUAAAUUCAUUCAAAACCUCUCUUCACAAUAUUUUACUUAAUCUGGCUCCAUGCAUGGUACAAGUGUUCGCAAGAGUCCAAGAUUUCAGACUUUAGUAAAUAUUCCUGCCUUUCUUAAGUACAAGUAUUUAUUUGCUUGCGACUUGACAAUUGCAGAUAAUUACAGAUAAUUGGGAUUUGCAUGGGAUAUUAGUGGCCAAUCCUUUCUGAAGAUCUAGAGAACAAUUGGAGGCAAGAUAACUUCUCAUUGUUACAUAUUUGAUUACAUGUUUACGUACACUAAAACUGGAGUUUAGUUGAGUUCCAGGCACAUUAUAUUAGCAGUUGCUGAAAAGAGCAACAAGUCGAUUUAGAUGUAUACACUGACCAGCCACAACAUUAAAGCCACCUGCCUAAUAUCGCCCCCUACUGAAGGUCUCCUGUGGUAUCUGACACCAAGACAUUAGCAGCAGAUUCUUUAAAUCCUGCAAGUUGCAAGGUGGGGCCUUCAUGGAUCGGAUUUGUUGUUCCAGCACUGCCCGCAGAUGCGCAGCCGGAUUGAGAUCUUGGGCAUUUAGAGGCAGAGGAAACAACUUGAACUCUUUGUUAUGUUCCUCAGACCAUUCCUGAACAAUUUUUGCAGUGUGGCAGAGUGCAUUAUCUUGCUAAAAGAGGACACUGCCAUCAGGGAACAUCAUUGCCAUGAAGCGGUGUAUGUGGUCUGCAUCAAUCUCUAGGUGGAUGGGACAUGUCAAAGUAACAUCCACAUGAAUGCCAGGACCCAACGUUUCCCAGCAGAACAUUGCCCGGAGCAUAACAGUGCCUCCACCAGCCUGUCUUUUCCCCAUAAUGCAUCUUGCUGCCAUCUCUUCCCCAGGUAAAUGACACGCACCGGGCCAUCCACCUGAUCUAAUAGAAUAUGUGAUUCAAUGACAACCUUCUUCUUUUGCUCCAUGGUCCAAUCCUGAUGCUCACGUCCCCAUUGAAGGCACUUUCAGUGCCAGACAGGGGUCAUCAUGGGCACUCUGACUGAUCUGCGGCUUUGGCAAUUUGAGCUACAGUAGCUUUUCUGUGUGAUCGGCUAGCCUUUACUCCUGAUGUGCAUCAAUGAGCCCAUGAACCUGACACCGGUUGUCCUUCCUUGCACCACUUUUGGAAGGUUCUAACCACUGUGUACCAGGAACACCCCUGAGAAAUGCUCUAACCCAGUUGUCUAGCCAUCACUAUUUGGCCCUUGUUAACCUCUCUUUUCGCUAGCCCAUUUUUCCUUCUUCCAAUACAUGAAAUUCAGGAACUCACUGUUCACUUGCUGCCCAACAUAUCCCACCCCUCGACAGGUGUCAUUGUGACGAUAUAAUCUGUUAUUCACUGCAUCUGUCGGUGGUUUUAAUGUUAUGGUUGAUCAGUGUACGAGGUGAACUGAUGUUCAUGCAUGAAUUAUGACUUUGGAACUUGUUCACUAAAACCGAGGAUUGUGAUUACUGAAAGCCACUGUUGGGAAAACGCUGAAUUGUAUUUUUUUGCAGCUUAGUUAGUUUGCUGAACUCUGCCAAAUCAGUUUCAGCUUCACCACAUUGAUGUGUUGUUAGGGUUAUAAUUGGUGUGGAGUCUAUAAUUAGCAUAAAAAAUUCUAGCUAAAUAAUAACAGAAAUACGGUCAUAUUGAUCAGUAAUGCUUCAGACCUGAUGGAGAGAUCAAAACGCUUGAACGUCUUUUAACUAUUAUCUUAGUCCAAUAAAAAGGUAUCAAUGCAUAUUGCAAUACUCUGGUUAAUUAAUCAUCAUGUUUACUGGGGUAAUAUGGCUAAUCCAGUCUACAUUCUAUACAGUAUAUUCUUUUUGGGGUUACAUUAUAAAUUAGAUUGUAACCAAGUUUGUAUUGGCUACUCAUUGUGCAGCUCUGUGGAAUGCGUCGGUACUUUAUAACUAAUAGUAAUAAUAACAAAACUGUGUGGCUGACUGUGGUCUAGAUGUUUUAAGGUAGGAGAAGAAAUGCUGUGUUAAACAAAGGAAAUGUAAUUUAAUUUAUUUUGAUGAUUCAGUUAAUAACUUCCACAAUAAAUUUAGAACAGAUUGUCCCCAGAGGUUACGCUCUAGUUUUCGGUGGAGUUAAAGAUAAAUAUAUUAUUUUUCCUGUGUAUUCAUUGAUCCAGUAUGUUCAUUCUUUGAUGCGAAAAAAUAUGAGAAUCUCCAGGUGAUUUAUCUCUCUAUGGAGUGAAAUCUGAGUCAGAUGUUCAUGCCUUUCCUAAUAGGCCCCCUUUGUUUUCUGUAAAAACACAAACUUUGUUUGUCCCCAUUGGCGUUUCACAAUAUAGGAUUGGGCGGUGAAUCAUGCCCAGGUCAAGAGAGGUUUGUGAACUUUUUGGUAAUAAAGUUGUUUUGCCCGUACAUCUGGUCCUUGUACAGUUUGAAAAUCCAUAUGACAAGCUCUGUUGUUUUAAAAUUAACACCAGUAAGGUCAAUAAAUACAUUACAAACUAUUAUAUAAGGCACACACUAAGUACCAAAACUACUUUAUCUCAUUAAAGUAAUUUCGGGGAAUAAAUGCAGAAUUGCAGUUGAAAUCAAUACGAUUUUUGAGAAACAACGCGGUUUUCUUUUUGCAAUCAGAAACUAAGAUCUCCAGACCAACGUAGAUGCAGUAAGUGAAUAUAUUUAACAUCCAGGCUCAGCACGCAAAGAAUGGCAUCCGAUACUAGCUGCGUGCACGCCAUGCUUCUCUUAUAGAAGCAUUGCAUUGAAAGCCCAAGGCGAUGGCUGCACAGGCUCCACUUGUCCUCAGUAUUUCUCUAUGAGAACAUCUGAUUGGACUAAAGUCAUCAAUAUUUAUGACUUCAGUGAGGGUGGAGCUGUGGGGAGUUUGUCUUAUCACAGAAUUUCAACUUCUCUCUCCUAGAACAAGACGUACAGGCAUGGAGAUCUGCAGGCGUCUUUUACUGGAUCUGAUAUCUGAUAAGAAGAUUAGAUUAUGCAUUGUGGGUGGAUAACGUAGUGAGAGCAGCCUAAAAAAAGGGGAAAAGAACCCUGUCCAGUUGAAAGAAUGUUGAUAGAAACAUCACAGUUUGAGGUUUGCUAGCGGCCCCAAGACCCAGAUGACUACCUGAGGGUUUCGGUUAAUUUCUUAUUGUAUCAGCUAGUUCUCUGUUAGAACACAUGGGUGUCCAUCCACAUACAAUUUUUAAUUUUCUGUAAACACACAAACAAAUGUACAGUUUAAAAGAUAAAGCAGAUUAUUCUCAUUUAUAUGAGGCCAAGCCUGACCAUAAAGGGACACAAAAUCUUUAUUCCUAACACUAUAGUCUUAAUAUUAGAUUUAGGCCCCCAGGGAGCGCUUUUAAAAUUAAAAAGAAAUCACUUUACUCACCUUCUUUCCAGCGCCGAGCCUCCAUUGGCACAGCCCCCGGGCUCCUCAUAAUGUGAUGUUAUCUUGGAGACACAAUGGUGCGCAUGCGCAAUGCUCACCACAAUACAUAUAUGAUUCUGCCAUACAGCAUCACUGCAUGCAAUGAUUCUCUAUGACAGACUGCGAUGGGGGGAGGUGGUAGGUCAGGGGUGGUAGGACUGAAGGCACUAUAACAACUUAAGAUGAAGUUGCUAUAGUAUAGUGCCUACAAUGCUCCUUUAACCCAAGUGAAAUAUUGACACUCACAUGAAUUAACUUGGCAUACAGUAAGCCACUAUUUCAAUAGACCAUUCGUACAUAUUACAUAAAGCAAAAAAUGUGAGCCGUCGUGGAGAUUCCAUGGAAAGUGAUACUUUAUUUUAAAAAUACAUAUGCAAAAACAUGGUAUUCCCUCAUACCACGUGGGUGAGGAUAAGCACAAUAAAUAUAAUUUAAUACCAACACAAAGGGAGAAUUUCACAUCUGUGUUCACAGUUUAGUGAAUAAAGCUCUUAGAAUGUAAUUAAUAUUCACAUGAGUUUUUUGAAUUUUUAAUGUUUAAGGAAUGAAUGGAAGCAUCGCUGUUCAAUGACAAUCCUCCCAGCUGACCAUCUGUAGGUCCGUGUUUGGACCAUAAUCCAUCUAGCCCUGUUUUCUGUACAAAUGUCCCUCUUUGCUGUAAGCACAGGAGCUGUGCCACGGCAAGGAGUUUAACCAUUUUUAACAGUCUGACACUUACUUGGGUUCCACAGGCACCUGCAGUGCUGUCAUCUCCUAAUAGGUUCUUAUUACUCUUUAGCUAUUUCAAUAUUGUGCAGUUUUUCACUUCAUUUAUUUAAAGUGUCAGCUGACGUGUCAAUCAAUGUAUCGGUGUUACAAACAUAGAAGUUUAACUUCUACAAUAGCAAUAUGCCAAAUAAGUCAAAUGACUCACACAGCCUCCCUACACACUUCCUGAAAAACAAUCUAACAUGGUGAUUAUCUAAAGUGAGGACUGUUGGGUAUUUAUAGCGAAUUCAAAGUGAAGACGAAAAUAGCUGGAACAGAAAAAAAAAAAUCUUCACGCUAGCGAUGCUUCCAGUUCAGCUACUUUCAGCUUGAAGAGACACUUUAGUCACCAAAACAACUUUAGCUUAAUGAAGCAGUUUUGGUGUAUAGAUCAUGUCCCUGCAGUCUCACUGCUCAAUUCACUGCCAUUUAGGAGUUAAAGCAUUUUCAUUUUACAGCCCUAGUCACACCUCCCUGCAUGUAGCUUACACAGCCUUCGUAAACACUUCCUGUAAAGUGUCAUCUAAUGCUUACACUUCCUUUAUCGAACAUUCAUUAUAAUUUAGAAUUUUGUAUCUCAUACUCUGUUAAUAGCCUUCUAGACAGUGGUUAAAAUUAAAUCUUUUUUUUUCAGGCAUGGUGUGUCAGUCACAGCAAGGGGUUGUGUUCCUAGGGCUGCAUAAAGAAAGUGAUUUAACUCCUAAAUGGCAGUGAAUUGAACAGUGAGACUGCAAGGGCAAGAUCUAUACACCAAAACUGCUUCAUUGUGCUGGUUGUAUUAAUGCCUAUAGUGUCCCUUUAAUUUUGAUAUUUACUUUGAAUUCCUUACAAUUGUAAAUUUAGUAACCUUGUACAAUUUAAAAUUUCCUUUAUUGCACAGUGUGUUUAAUUUAGAAUUUAUCAGAUGUGAAUAAACGGUUAAUAGAGCAGGAGAACUUCUAUUGUAAACACACUGUGCUGUUAAAAAUUAAACCUUUUUUUCCACUGAAGCUGUGCAAAUCACAGCCAUGAGAGAUAUAACUAGGUAUCAUAAACAAAGUGAUUUAAGAAGCAUUUGAUUGGACCAUUUUCAAUGGCUCAGAGCAAUGUGUGCGCACUGAGUUGGAAUGGGAGGGAGGAAGGGGAUUAGUUGAAAAAAAAAAAUAUGCACAAAUUAAUGCAGGUAGGAGGCUGGGUAUAAAAGCUUCACCUUGCAGGCACUAACUAAAUUUUCGCCAGCUCGCUGACCUGUCCUCACUAAAAAUGUCCCAUUUUAUUUUUAGAGGCUAGAAAAGCGAGUAAAACCCUAAUAUUGUUUAAGGGAAAAGGUGAUGACUAUAACAACUUUGUGAAGUAUAACAUUUAAGCUACGUCACCAAGCCAGGCAAGGCUAUGCCCUGUGUCCAUCAUGGAAGGUGGUAGAUAUUUACUAAAUAAGAUACAGAGAAUACAAGUGCAAUGUCUAACCCAACACAUACAUUUUCUCUCUCAGUAUUCUUAAACAAUGAAAAAGCCUCUUCUGUCCUCAAGCGCUCCCGCAGAGCUAACUGGGGUUUAGAAGAAGCCAAGAAGGGGAACAUGGAGAGAGAAUGCUUGGAAGAAAUCUGUAGUUAUGAAGAGGCCCGAGAAAUUAAGGAAAAUUCAGACGCAACGGUAUGGAUUGCUAGAAAUAGAAUAUGCAUAAAAUUAAACUGAUUUUAAUAUAAGCAUCUUUUAAACAUUGUUUAUCAUUCGAGUGUCUCUGAAAUCAGAGCGCAUUGUCAUUAUCUCACAUUCCAUAAAAGCAACACUUUAAACUUCGCCCCUAGUUUUGGAGUUAGCGGGUUCAUGCAAACAAGAUGUAGAAAGACUGACCGUUACAGUCCACUUUGUACAAAGCACUUUUGUGUAAAAAAAACAAAACAGGACUGUCCUGCCAGAUCCAGGACAGGUGGGAGGUAUGAAAUAACAAAACUUAAUUUUAGAGGAACAAUCAAACCUGUACAGUAGGUUUUACGAGGAUCUGUAAUCAUGAUUAUAAAAUGUGUUUUUUGUAUGUCUGAACAUGGAUUUUUUUCAUGUUUGCAUAUACUUUGAUGCCUUAAUUGUGUAAGACAUGGGCGUUUGUAAGCGUAGUGAAACUUGUAGCAGUUGAUUGUGUCUUUGCUAGUAUGGUGUUAAAAAUACAUGCUAUGGAUUAGAUCAACUGGUGCCACAUCACUCAAAAAUCAUUUAAAUGGGUUGCUUAGUAAAUUUGUUUUUGUGUUUUAGAAUUUUGUUCUGUAUGGCUGUGAAUGAAUGCGUGUGAAGAUAAUGAAGUAAUUUCUUUUUUUCUUUGUGUUAUAGAAAAUAUUCUGGGAUCUUUAUCAAGGUGAGCGUUAACAUUUAUCGCGAUUUGUGCAUUUUAAUUGCUGAUAUGUACGUAGAUCAGACCAGAGAAUGUAGAAAUAUUUUUGCAGGAACGUGUAACAUUGCACCAACAUAAUGACCGCAUAGACAAUAUCGAGUGCAUGUACAAUUACCGACAAGUAGAAAAUAAAAUCAUUGUCAGAAUUUUCAUUCAUAAAAAAAAAAAAAGGUGCAACAUUUUCAGAUUGCUGGAGAUUAUCAAUCUGUUUUUCUCAGUGUAAUCUGUAAAGUAAUCGAUAUUAGAUAAUAGUUAUUCAGAAGCACUGUUAUAUACCGGAGUUCCAACAUUGGUUGUAAGGUUAGAGCCAAGUGGGAUAACCCUAAAAUAGAACAAAAUUAAUUCAAAAGAGAAAAUAAAACAAUAUGCAUCACAAGGGGAGCAGUAGUUACAAACCCUCACCACUUAAAACAUAUGUGAAACUUUUUUAAAUUGUAUUUCACAUAAAACCCCAUAAUAUUCAAAAUAUUUAAAUGACGUAUAGGCUGUAAGAAGAUUAAUUGAUUGAUACUUGUAUUGAUUGAUCAACAAUAUCAAGAAACAUUCAUAUUGGUGAUCAAUCAAUAAAAGUAUAUAGGGACAUCAUACAUCCCUGAUUUACAUAAUCAAUUGAUUAUUGUAAUCUGUAAAUUACACAAUAACGUAUUGUAAUAUUAAUUGAAUAAAAAUUCUCACUGGUCCUCUACUAGGUCAAUGAUGGUAAACCUUGGCAUCCCACAUGUUAUAAAAUCAAGGCAUGUAGGGCAUCAUGGGUAGGGUUGCCACCUGGCUGUUUUUUGAGGCUGUUUGGCUGGUGCUUGUAUUGCAGGGCCAGUAUUUUUCUCUGACGGGACGGGAUGGGAAAGGGAUAUGUGCCUCUGUUAUACACGACAGGUACUCACAUUGCUGUUUUCACACAAAAACACACAGUCAGAGACAUUAUACACACAACACACACACAAACAGACACAGUAUGCACACACUGCUAUACACACGCUUAGACAAAUUAUACACACAAUGUCACACUGCUAUAUAAACUAUACACAAAAUACUACACAUAUACUGAGGCACAGUAUAUACACACUGACACAAACAAACCACGUUCUCUGAUUCCUCUCCUACAACCCUCUACCCUAAAUUUACCUUUUGUGUCGCUAUACUCCCUCUAGCAUGUAAACUCAUUGAGCAGGUCCCUCAAUACCUCUGUUCCAGUGCGUCAAACUUGUCUGGUUACAACUACAUGUUUGUUAGUCCACCCAUUGUACAGCGCUGCGGAAUUUGUUGGCGCUUAAUAAAUAAUAAUAAUAAUAAUAAUAUGCACACUUUACACACAAAAACAGUAUACACCCUGCCACAAACACACGCCUUCAUACACACACUGCUACACAUACAGAGUCAAUACAAAGUAAAUCAUUUUUAGUGAUUCAUGGGGAAUUUCCUCUUCUGAAUGUUGUUUUUCUCUCCGUCACGCACUUUGAUGUUACAUAACAUUCUGCGAUGUCAUGUCCUCUGAUGUUGCACAUUUAUAUCUAAUUAUGAAAAUUGGAACCAUCAUUACUUUUUAUUUCCAAGAAAGAUGGCAACCCUAAUCAUGGGAAAUGUCGUUUAGAAACAUUUGGGCUCCAAAGUUCGGAAUCCCGGAUCUAGACUCACAAUGAAUUAUCUUGUGUGCAGCUGAACACAUAAUUACUUUUGGAGCGUUUAAAUUUAGAGAUACAAAAUUAAAAAAAAACUUUUAGAUCUCCCCAACACACAACUCAAAAUAUAAACCACAAAAAUAGAUGGUAGUGGAGCAGUAUUAUUUAGUAAAAAUUAUUUCCCUCACCAACAGAUAGAUGUGAAUAUCUUAUACUUCUACGUCCAUAUAUGGCACCUUCAAAUGUGCAAAUGUUCAGCCAACUCAGGGAUAUAUAGAUACAUAAAAAAAAAACAGAUAAUACAAAUAAUAGUGCAGUACCUUUUUUAAGCUGCAAUGGUAUAGUAACCACACUAAAUAAAAUCUUAGAUGUUGUUUUUAGGAUGAUACUGAGGUGUGUCGAACUAUAACCGUUUCCUUUACCUACAGCGUGUACGCCAGGAAAGUUAUCCAGAGAUGCUAUGUUCAACUGUCUUCAGGGUGAGAUUUCGUACAUCUUACGUUACGUACUGGUGGAAUCUCUUCAAAAACCAGCCUGGUGUAUCUCCGUUCCUCUUUCAUUCCGGUUCCUGUCAUAAUCUUUUAAAAUCUAAUUUUCCUCCACUUUCUGUCUUCCCAAACACAUUUAUAUCACCAUUUUCCACUGCCAAUACUGUCAUUACUUCCUCUUCAGUCUUCCAAAUCACCUUCACUUUCCCUUUUCUUUUUAACACUGUUCUCCUCACCAUUCUUUCAUUUUUCCAAACCUUUUUAAGUUUCCUUUCCUCAUUAUUCUCUGCAUGCUACAUGGCUUUUUGCUUACAGAUGUAUCCGUUCUUAGCACUGUAUUCAAACUGCCCCCUUUUAUGCUCUGUUCUCGUGUGUCUGGUAGUCUCAUCGUUACACUCUAUCUCUCCCACCAAUAUUCACAUCCUUUACUGUUAAAUGUUCCUCAAACACUCUCUGUAUUGUAUCUGUUCAGCUAUCCUUAUCUACCUUCACUGGUCUGACUACCUUCACUUUCUGUCGUUUCUGUUAGACCUUUUUAUCCUUCACCAUUUUUAUUGGGUAACCUUCCAGCCUCACUAUCUCAGAGGUCAAUUCCUGGCACUGUGACCACAGUUUGUCAUCCUCCUGAGAUUGAUAAAAUCAUUAAAGAAUUACUCCAAGCACCAUAACCACUGCAGCCUGCUGUUAUGGUGCCAGGAGUGCUGUAGUGCCUUCCCAGCCCAGGGUAAGUAGUUAAACCAUUUGAGAACAAUUUGACAAUUUACCUAGUGUCCACCUGGUGCCUGCCGCUCCUCCUGUGAAACCAGAAGAUCUUGCAAGGGCUAAGCUUGGCUCAUUUGCUGACAGUGUCAGCUGAGCACCUACCUGCACCACCAGUCUAAGCUCUUGGCCUUUCUGUUGCGUCUCGGGUAAUGUGGAAUGGAUCCGGUAUUGGAUGGCAAUGAUGAAUUUCAGAAUUCUCAUUCUGUCUUGCCAACCAAAGUUUGAAGGAUAUGCUUGGCGUCCCAGGAAAGAUGUGUUUUUAUUAAAAAAAAUACGAAAACAGACACUAGCUGGAGGCACUGUGUCCGAAGACUCUUUGAAGCAUAAGAUGAGCUGCAGUGGUUGUUGUAAUUGAGUCCCAUUUUUAAAUUGAGUAUUUCUAACAUCUAGACCCCAAAACAUGGUUUAAAACUAGCGACAAGUUAAACGUUAACUUUUCUGAUUAAAUACUUUCAUAUUAUCACCUCUCGGCUCUACUUUUCCUUCUCCUCCAUGUCCUCCACUUUCUCUGAAAUCGUACUGGCUUGUACUGACUGAAUUCCUUAAUGUCUACCUUAUGAUUGACAGGUAAUUGUGCAAGAGGCACUGGGAAAAAUUACAUGGGAAAAAUCAGCGUGACAAGGUCUGGUCUUGACUGUCAGUACUGGUCCAGCAACUACCCUCACAAGGCAAAGUAAGUCAAUGUCAACAUGCGAAUUCUGUAAACAGAAAAGGUGUCUGAUCCCUGGCUGCGAAUGGACUCCUCAUUCAGAACUAUUUGUUAUUACAUGUCACUGAAAAAAAAAAUAUUUUUUAAAUACUGUAAAUUUACCUGCAUUCUCCAAUUCCAUGCUCCGUAAUCUCAUGUUGUCAUUCUAAAGUCAGAAAUACCUUUCUAGGUCAACAAGCAUUAGGGGGCAAGUAUGGCUGAAUCAUAUUUUAAACAGACCCUUUUAAUGGAAAAUCAGUUGCAAAUUAUCACAUACAGUGCACACGUCCCAUCCCAUCCAAUACUAAUUAGCAUUAGUCUGUUAAAGUUGUGCAAAACUUGGACAGAUCUUAGGUGAGCAGGUGGAUGUGGCUCUGUGAUUGACAAGUCAGGGGGUGGAGCAACAAGUGUCAAGGAAAAAUAUUUUUCCCCUAGAGACAUUUAGAAAGUGAGAGUGAAACAACAGGGUUCUCAUACCAUAACCAUGGUAAGAUAAAGUGGUUAUGGUGCUUAGAGUGUCCAUUUAAUUCUUUCUAUGACUGCAAUUCUUGGGUUCUAAUUCUUCUUUGCUUUCUUAGGUUUAAUCCAUUCACACAUCCAAAUGAAAGCCUUCAAGAAAACUAUUGUCGAAAUCCUGAUAACAACCCAAAGGGCCCAUGGUGUUACACAAAGAAUCCCACAGUACGUCAAGAGGAGUGUGUAAUACCAGUGUGUGGUGAGUAAUUCUCCGACACUCUUUAUGGAGAUCUGGAAUAGAGGCAUGUUUCUUCUCAAUCAUUUCCUAAAUAAAUAUCAUGUAUAAGUCUCCUAUAAGAACCUGAAAAAUAACGAACUACUCUCAAAAUAGCAUCAAAAUAUGAAAUAAUUAGAUAUUAAAGUACCCAGAGAUCCUUAAUUACCAUACGAGUCAUAGGUUGACCAACCCUGAUCUAGACUACACAAGUCUUCUUGUUAUUACGUAGCUUUACAGAUACUAUAGUUUAUAAAGUAUUUAUUUUAUACUUGGUAUAAAUUGAGGUUUCAGGUAAAUGUGACGAAUUAUGGUCUUGUCAUAUUCCUGCUCUUCCAAACCGACCCCUAUAUGUACUGUCACCCAGUGCUUUCAUAUAACACAUGUACCUUCCUAAUUCUAUAAAAUAUCAAUUGGAUGGUUCGAAGGGUAAAGCCGAUGGUGUACACAAUGUCCGUGUAAGCAAUAGAGAAUCUGUUGACUGUUGUCCAUGAUUCUAUCCCUGGGAGACUUGGCACUGGGAUACCUGCCAUUAUCUAACAAUGUCCACCAUGCCUUUUUUCUUUCUUCUCUCUUCCUCUCUCUCUUUUCUUCUCGUCCAUUCUGUCUACCACAUUGUCCACUCUUUGCCUUUUGUCACGCCCACUCUAUCCGUUAUACCUUGAAAAUUAUGAGUUAGGGUCCUGUACAUUGGUAUAUUAGAGUGUUCUAUUUUAAAUUCUCGCACUUUUUUUAAAUUAAUUUUUUAACCAUAUCUAGGAAAUUAGAGAAAAUAUUAUAAUCUAAAGAAGGGAAAAAGAUCAAAGUACCACAAGAUAAAUUAUAGGAAUCGCCUUCUUUGCCAGUGACCUCUCUAUUUUUGGUACAGGUGAAAGUCGAACCACAUCGGAACCUAUAUUGAGAAAAGUUGAACCCUCUACUGAAGAAGUAGCUUGUGAGGCAGACUAUGGGUUACAUUAUGAGGGAAACUUGGCUGUUACUGUAUCUGGGCUCCCAUGUUUACCGUGGAGCUCAAACGUUGCCAAGGAUCACAAACAGAAAGACUUCAUGGCAGAUGUCGAGCUGAAGGAAAACUACUGCAGGAACCCAGAUGGAGAUGAAGAAGGGGUUUGGUGCUAUGUGUCUCACCCCAACAUGACAUAUGAAUAUUGCAACCUAAACUACUGUGGUAAGACAACCAUGCCAAGUCGCGCUGACUCUUUUUAUCCAUGGUUUGUCUUUCUGUGGAUUGACCGGAGUAGUGAUGACAGAUAGACUUGUUUGCUCCAUAAACCUAUUCUUUCUGCUCUAUCCCCUGGCAGCUGGGUAUCCUAAUUCAGUCUUAAACUGUUCAAAAAAUGCAUUAAUACUGAACCUUGAGCCGGUGGGAAGGGAGGUACCAUAAGCAUGAGAUAAAGUAGUACUGGUAUCCCUUUAAAGUAUUACUCCAAGAAUCAUUUACACUGCAGCCCACUGUAAUGGUUAUGGAGUCAGGAGUGGCCUAGUGACAUUUUUUUUAACAGUUUGUCCUCUUACCUGGGUCAUGUCCCUGGCACCAAGUCCCCUGUGAAUCAGGUGACAGUAAUCCAGCUUGUGCAAAGUUACAGAAACUGUUUUCUGAUUCCGCUGGUCAUUCAUUGGCUGAGAUUAUCAUCUCACAGAACGUGUCUUCUUACAGUGAGAUGGGAGAACUAAAUAGAAUACAUACAUCACAUUCUUACAACCUGUGCCUCUUUAAUACGAGCAAAGGUUAAGAAGACAUUUCAAGUAUAGAUAUAUAAAGCGAGAAGGACAGUAGGUACAGACCACCCCCUUCAAGUAAUUUCGUGGGUAUUGUGGAAUUAUAUUGGGCGUAGAAUGAUGAGAUGAUGGUAGUGUCAAGGGUGUAGUGAUAGAGUAUCUGCACCAGGAAAAUGCAUUCUGUCUUACCCCCAAAUGCAGCAGUCAGACCAACUGCAACCUGUGUCCCCCUCCCGGAAAAACGUAGGACAUAGAGUGAGACCCAUCGUAUGGCAGCCCACUGUCUGCCUUGACUGUAGUUCUGGACACUAAUAGAGUAUAAGGAUAGGAUGGUAUUCAAUUUGUAUUGUUACAUAUAAAUUUAUUUAGAGUGUGGUCACCAGUACUAAACCUAUAUUAGAGACUAAUUUUAAUUAAAUCUUUCUUUUCACACCAUGCUUCCAUCCUACUUUGUUCUCAAUCUGCAUCUCCAACCUGUUGAAUGAUUGUCCGGACUUCUCCCUCUGGCAGACAGCCCUAUAGACGAAGAACAGGUUGAUACACAAGCAGGUCGCUCUGUUACUGCCGAACAUCAAACCUUUUUUGAUGAGAAGACUUUUGGCGCAGGAGAGGCAGGUUAGUAGGACUUUGGUAUGUUUUAAAGUUAAAUUAAGCAAAGGAGAGGUAUGUGCCACUACCCCUAACAAGGGAAAAAGAAAAAUAUAAAUAAAUUUCUUCUAACAAGAAUGCAUAUACAAAAUGUCACAAAGGCAGCAGAAAACAAAUGACUCCCUCAACCAUGGCAUCAAUGUUCCUCCAAUGCUGAACAUCCUCAUAAUAAUAGCAAUACCACAAUCAAGAGAACUUAAAAGAACUAUAGUCACCUAAAUUACUUUAGGUGCAAUUCACUGUCAUUUAGGAGUUAAAUCACUUUGUUUCUGUUUAUGCAGCCCUAGCCACACCUCCCCUGGCUAUGAUUGACAGAGCCUACAUGAAAAAAAAAAACUGGUUUCACUUUCAAACAGAUGUAAUUUACCUUAAAUAAUUGUAUCUCAAUCUCUAAAUUGAACUUUAAUCACAUACAGGAGGCUCUUGCAGGGUCUAUCAAGCUAUUAACAUAGCAGGGGAUAAGAAAAUCUUAAUUAAACAGAACUUGCAAUAAAGAAAGCCUAAAUAGGGCUCUCUUUACAGGAAGUGUUUAUGGAAGGCUGUGCAAGUCACAUGCAGGGAGGUGUGACUAGGGUUCAUAAACAAAGGGAUUUAACUCCCAAAUGGCAGAGGAUUGAGCAGUGAGGCUGCAGGGGCAUGUUCUAUACACCAAAACUGCUUCAUUAAGCUAAAGUCGUUUAGGUGACUAUAGUGUCCCUUUAAUGGAAUAAAAGAAGAUAUAUCUGAGAAUGAGUAUCCUUGUAGAGCAGAUUUAUUACAAUAUUAUGACCUUGACAUGCCCACCAUAAUAAACAGCAGUGAUAGGCGUUGUAACGAACACAUCUCUGCACUGGGCAUCUAAAAAGAGAGGCGGGGGGACGACGACGACAAAACGCCAACCCCCCAAAACUAAAGAAACUGCGACCAGAACGCAUUUCAGUAGAUUCUGUUCAACCCUUGGGAGCCACAGGUUCAAACCCCAGUAGGGUUGACUCAGCCCUUCAUCCUUCCGAGGUAGAUAAAAUGAUUACCAUAAAAUUGGGUAAUAGUAACGUCCCCUGGAUGUAACAUCCCCAGAUCGUACUUGGAAAUCAGAACAAUCUGAAUGUACCUUUCCUGGUUAAAUACUUUAUUAUUAUUAUUACUACUAUUUCACGUCACUACUGAAUGCUUUUUCAACAUCAUGUUGAGAAGGUGUCUAGUAGUGAAGAAAAUGUGUUCAGCAUGUGUAGCCACAAUUGCCAUCUGAGAUUUGACACCAUUCCUUAAAGGGAUAAUAUCAUGCCAGCAAUACACGAUAGUAGCCCUUUAAGGAAUGGUCCUAAUAUGCAUGACAUGCGAGCAUUAGGCUCUCACCAUAAGAAAGCAUUGAAGUUAUUAUGGUGUCAAGAGUACCAUGCCACCCUCCCAGCAAAGUUAAAGGUAGUAAAACUGUUUAAGAACAGUUUGACAAAUUUCCUGGGUCUGCCAAUCUCCCGUCACCACCUUGAACCAGAGCAGGAAUUUCCCGCAAGGAAGACCAAACUAGGCUGUGUCGACUGAUUGGCUGAGAGUGUCAGCAGAGACCUCUCAGUCAUUGAACAUGGCUAUGCUUAGCUCAGUGCUGAAGGUUUAAUCUGGAAAGGAGGCCGUGAUGAGCGUCUGGUGGACAGUAGGUAAGCAGUCAAACCAUUCUUAAAUGGUUGGUCUACCUACACUGGGAGGGUCUUGCACCAUAACCACUACAGCAGACUGGUUACACAGCAAUGGUUAUAGUGCUUGUAAUGUUUCUUUACUACUAGCAUUCCACUGUGAAGGGAAAAGGAGAUGUUAUUUUAUUUACCUGUCUGAUAAUGCUCAAUACUAUUUGUGCCAUAAAGGAGUCCAGGUUAGCUAUAAGUCCUUUAUUCAGUUCUAAUAAAAAAAAAUGAAACAAACAAACUGCUGAAGAAACUUCAUAAAAUGUCAAAACAAGAUAUAGACAAAUUUGAAAAUACUAUAUGGAAGUGCAAAGAAACCUUCUGAUGACAAAGGUAUUAAAUGAUAACUAUAUGUAGGCAAUGGAAGGGUCAAUUUCCUAAAAGUGUAUUAUGGUGAAUUAGUGACCAGCUUGUAAAUAAACAGAGCCUUGUCUAAUAGUUCGGUAUUAUGGAUCUUUUUCUAUGUUGGACUAAAUGUAGCUGGUUGGUUAAAGUUUCCAAAAUUCACAGUUUACUGAAUAAGACAAUCCAUUUGGAGGAGAGAGGCUGUUUUCUUUAAUGGCGUGUCUAUGCUAUGGUUGCAGUGUGUGGCCUGCGGCCCCUCUUUGAGAACAAGAGUAAAAAGGAUAAGAGUGAAGAUGAAUUAAUCGAGUCCUAUAUUGCUGGACGUAUCGUUAAAGGGGAUGAUGCUGAACAAGGGAGCUCUCCAUGGUAAAAUAUAAAGUAGUUGCUAUACACUCAAAAAUGUAAAGAAAACAAAAAUCUGUUGCCCCACUACCCAAUAUAGAUUAUAUGUCUAGUGCAAGGUGACCUAAGUUUAUGGCUUGGGAUGACGUCCUCAGCACUUAGUCUAAGGAAAAUCUAUACGUUGUGUUAACCGUUUUUUGUUUUUAAUGGGACACUAAAGUCACCAAAACAACUUUAGCUUAAUGAAGCCGUUUUGGUGUAUAGAUCAUUUACCUUCAGUCUCACUGCUCAAUUAUUUGCCAGUUAUGAAUUAAAUCCUUUGUUUAUGCAGCCCUAGCCACACCUCCCUGCAUGUGACUUACACAGCCUUCCUAAACACAUCCUGUAAAGAAAGAUCUAAUGUUUAUACUUCCUUUAUUGCAAAUGUUGUCUAAUUUAGAAUUUUUAAUCCCCUGCUAUGUUAAUAGCUUGUUAGACCCUGCAGGAGCAUCACGUGUAAUUGGAGCUCAAUUUACAGAGAUGCACACUUUUGAAUAAAGUUACAUCUGAUUGAAAAUGACACUAUUUUGUUUUAAUGCAGGCUGUGUGAGCCUCAUCCAGGGGAGGUGUAGUUAGGGUUGGAUAAACAGAAACAAAAAGUGAUUUAACUUCUAAAUGGCAGUGACUUGAGCAGUGAACCUUCAGAGGCAUGAUAUAUACACUAAAACGGAUUCAUUAGGCUAAAAUUGUUUUGGUGACUAUAGUAUCCCUUUUAAUAAUAAUAAUAAUAAUUAAAAAAAAACUUUAAAGAGAAAAAUCUAUUUUUUUCUAUAAUUUACAACUCUGACCACCCAACAGUGUCCCUGGGUAUUCUGGAAAAGUGAAAAACAAAACAAAAAUCACAAAAAAUAUUUGUAUGUGAAGUACUACAACAUCCUAGAAAUCUUUAGUGCUGGAGUGUAAGGCUGCACAUUGCUCUUUGUUAUAUGGUACUUCCACUGGGUGACUCUGCGUGUCUCUGCACAGGCAGGUGAUGCUGUUUAAGAAGUCUCCCCAGGAGCUACUAUGUGGGGCCAGUCUGAUUAGCGAUCGCUGGAUACUGACUGCAGCCCACUGCAUCUUCUACCCUCCCUGGGAUAAAAACCUCACAACCGAUGAUUUCCUGGUGCGGAUCGGUAAACACUUCAGAACAAAGUAAGACACCCGUCAUAACACGUUGAGAGAACAUUCACCAUGGUGGUCAAGGCUGCAGCCCGGAGAUUUGUUUGAACUACAAUGCCCAUGAUUCUUUGAAUAAAACAGCCAACGCCCAUGAUUCAUUUAAUGGAACAGAUAGCAACGCCCAUGUUUUUUGAAUGAAACAGAUAUCCAGGGAAUCAUGACUGAUAGCCAGGUGAUCCUGGGAGUUGUAGUUCAAAACAUCUGGGGGCCACAGUUUGCGCAGGCCUGGUUUAGACCAAUAGUCUAUUCCAACAGUACCUUUAGCACUCCAGAUGUGCACUGCAUGUCCCAUAAUGCUAUUACAGCCAUACCGCUGGCAUGGCAUCAUGGGAGAUAUAUUUCACAACAUCUGGAGUGCAGAAGGUUGCCUACCUCUGGUCUACACCAUCAAUGCAUUUUGCCCAAUGUGUUAUCAACUCUGACCACUCUGUAAUAUCACUGCAUAACGACUCACUGGUGGAACAAAGAAUGGUUUCAGAAUAUUGGCAGUCUGGCUGGUUUUUACAUCAGCCAUGUGGAGCAGCAAGGUACAGGAGGGAGGUACUAUGGCAUCACUUCUCUUCUGGUACUCUUCCCUCAUUUCACUGGCUCAUGUGAACAGUUGUAUCAGGUUGUACAUAUAAUUAUUAUAGGAUAUGUUUAAAGGGACACUGUAGGCACCCAGACCACCUCAGCUCAUGAAAGUAAUCUGGGUGCAGUGUCCCUUUUGCAUUUAGUGCUGCAAUGUUAACCAUUGCAGUUCCAGAGAAACUACAAUGUUUAUAAUUGAAUCAAUGUCUGCCUCCAGUGACUGUCUACCAGACAGCCACUAGAGGGCUUCCUGCAUCGUAACAGACCUUUGGUCCAGUAUCUGAUACUGGACGUCCUCACACUCUGCAUGAGGACAUCUGCCAUCAGAUUUUUCCCCAUAGGGAAGCACUGAUUCAAUGCUUUCCUAUGGGGAGAUCUAAUUCACCCGCACAUGCACAUUAGCGCGGGACAUUGGUGCUGGGUUAAGGUAAGUAAAUAAAGGGUUUUAACCCUUUAUUUACCAGGGAGGUGGGAGGCAUAGGGCCAUUGAUACAGCGUUGUAUUCCUGGCACUAUAGUAUCCCUUUAAGAACCUUUGCAUUCUUAUCUCCUCCCUUCCAAAAUCAGUGGGGGUGAACUGUAGCAUGCAGGUUCCUUAAUAUUAAUAAUACUGUGACAUCCCUGCUUCUCCCCUCCUUAGUUUUGUAAACAUUGUGUUAUUCGAGCAGUAAGAAUACCAUACUAUCAUCAACUACAACUAUUUCUUUCUCUGUAGAUACGAACGGAAAAUAGAGGUAAUAGCUCUCCUGGAGCGUAUUAUCGUCCAUCCGAAAUACAACUGGAAAGAAAAUCUCGACCGGGACAUCGCACUGAUGCAGCUUAAAAAACCAGUAUCAUUCAGUGACUAUAUCCAUCCCGUGUGUCUCCCGACCAAGGAGAUUGUCCAAAAGUAUGAAGAUACUGAACCGUGUGGGAGGAAACGUCUUUUAUAGUGUUCCUACAAACAAAAACAAAAAGAAAGUUAAAAUUGCAUUUAUUAGGAAGGAGGAAAAAAAUAAAAAGUCAAGAAUCCAUGUUUGAAUAGAGUACAACACAUCCACAGGGUUAUCACUAAAUUCAUUAUUUUAGAAGAAAAAAAAAUAGCCAGACUGUGACUACAGCGGAGUUAGAUAAUUCUUCCAGAUCAGCUAUUACCUUAGUCCUAAAACUGAAGGUGUUCAUUCUUGGCUAUCCGGUCGGUGCCUGUUGGGACUACAGUUCCCAUAAAUCUUUGCCAGGCAAUAGCUGCCAGUACCAUGUGGGAGAUAUAACCUACCAAACACAGGGUCUAGGCUGGAGACCCCUUUUCUAAAACCAUUUAAAGUACAUACAAGUCAAAAUGUGAUUCAUACUUGUGCUAGUGAAAUUGCAACCAGUGUAACUUAGAUUUACAAGUAGAAUACACAACCUAACAAAAAAUGAACGUUACCCAUAGAAUUGGUUAAUAUAUUCCAUACUGAAGAACUGGCCAAAAGGCGACCCUCCCUCCCUCUCCCCCAGGUAAGGCUAGCAGAGAAGCAUGGAGGUUGGCUACCACUGAUUUAUAGGUUAAUGAUUACCGUAAGCUCCUUGCAAUUAAUACAAAGACCCCACUGGCCAUAUUUUUCAAAUCAGAGUUGGAAAUGGUUGUAUUGUGAUGAGAAUGAGGUCGGUCAGGCAUAACUGCAAAAUCAGGAUUGUGUGAAAGUUCGAGAUCUCGAUGGACUCAAAUUCUGUUUCACUAUAGAAUGGAGGAUAGUACACUGUAUAUUUAAAUAAAUAAAAAGUGCAGGUUUUGUAAUGUCGACCCUGUAAGUUCUGAAGCUUUAUCCAGGCACGAGUAGCAGAGAUUGAAAAUGCGUUGGGUCAUUAAGUCCUUUAGAGUUACGUAUUAAGAAACUAUGUUACACUGAACAGGCAAUAGGACAAAAUGAAUUAAAUUUUGUUAGAGAAAAAAAUGUAAUUUGGGUAUUUUUAAACUAGAAUGUAAAUUAUAAAUUUUGAUUCUCUUUCCAGCCUGCUGUUAGCUGGACACAAAGGACGCGUUUCAGGCUGGGGCAAUCUUUACGAAACUUGGAAACCAGGCGGCCAGCAACAGCCACAGAUCUUACAACAGAUAAACCUUCCCAUUGUGGAACAAGAAACAUGCAAAUCAUCUACUAGGAUCAAAGUGACAGAUAAUAUGUUCUGUGCAGGUGAGGCACUACACUUUACCUCUGGAGGGAGGAGGGAUUCCAUAUGUAACAAAAGGUGCAUAAUGUCGAUGCUUGCUGUGACUUUAAUGUGCCACAUCAGCGCACCAAGUUCUCUUUUCUGACUCCUACUCAAUGUUCCCACUAAGCAAGUUUAAUUAAAUCAGGCUAGUACUGAAAAUCUAUUACAUUUAAAGCUGUAAAACAAAGUAUGCACAGAUUGUGAUGAAACUCACCUAAAGUAAUGGUUAAUGUCCAUAGUUAUGUCCUAUGAAUAACUCGAAUGGCUAUUGUUGCAGGUUUCAGUCCAGACUCUAGCACCACUGGAGAUGCAUGUGAGGGGGACAGUGGAGGUCCGUUUGUCAUGAAGGUAAGUGAAAAUGCGAUACGCUUCAUAUUUUUAUUUGUUGCAAACAUCAAGUAAUACGGUCAUUGUCCGUUGGAGUACAUAGUAGCUCAUUCAGUAAAGUGAGAAUUCUUAUGAAUUUCACAUUUAAAGCCAAAAUACAGAAAUGGAAAGCAUAGAUUUUUUUUUUUUCCCCCAGGCCAUCUUACGGCCCCAGGCCAUCUUACGGCUUUAACCUUUUUUUUUUAUUUUUUUAUUUUUAUGUAAAAUUCACAAGAAUUUAUUUGAAUUCCUGACAAUUCUCACUUUAGUGAAUACAACUCUAACUGGUCAAAUGAGUAUCUGAAGAGGUCUAUUUCAAAGAAAAAAAAAUAAAACUCCUACAGGUCAUUUAGGGAGCAAGAAAAUUCAGUUGGUUUAUUCCCAUUUUGCCAAUACUGGACUCCUGUACACCCUAUAUCAGGGCUGGCAAACCAGUGAAAUCUAUACAGUGCAGCCAUUAUUCUAGGAGAUCAGACUAAAUAUGAAACCUGGUUCCCCAUAUCGUCAGAAGCUAUAUUGUCAUAGAUACAGCUAGUACCCGUGAUACCAAGCACUUUAGAGGAGCAGAAACACAGCCUACUUAAAAUGAGGGAAGUAGAUCAGAAAGGGAGGGGGGUGGGAGCAGUAUAUCAGAAAGCGGGGGGUGGGGGUGGCACAGGUGGGCACCUGUUGUCAGUUGGUCUUUGUAGAAGAUUGGGCACUCCGGCCCAAAAACCAUUCACCAUCACUGUCUUAUGGCUCAUCCAUUAGAUUAUGGACUUUUGGUUUUGGAAUGUAAGUAGGGUUUGAGACACAAACCUACACCCAAAUAUGACCAGAUUGCAGUUAUACCUUGGAUCUUCGCUUAAACAAAACUUAAAGUGUAUAAUAAGAAGUGAUUUUUUUGGGGGGGGUGGGGGGGGUGGUUUGUUUUAAAACACUCAUUAUGGGGAAAAAAAAAUAAUACACACAGUCACCUUGAAAAGUGAUCUGACUCUUUGCAGGACCCAGUCACUAACCGCUGGUUCCAAGUGGGUAUUGUCUCUUGGGGUGAAGGAUGUGACAGAGCUGGAAAAUACGGAUUUUACACACAUGUGCAUCGUUUGAGGAAAUGGCUUAUGAAGAUAAUAGAAAAGUAUGGAGCCUAAAAACGAUGAGAAAUAUUAAGAACAGAGUUUCCCUUAUAAGGAAUUGGUGCAGAGUUUAAUCUCCCUGCACGCUCUUCUUAUUCAUGAAGGACUAAAACAGCUGUAUGAAAUAUCAAACUGGAUCACAAUACCUUACUGCUUUAUCCCUUGAAAUGUAUUAUUUGUUAAUGUUACAAUUAAAUAAAUAUCAAAACAGAGACUGC